AUGAGUAUUAUGGAGAUGGAUAGGAACGACAUAUCCCGAAAGAAAGAGUCGCCAUUCCUACUCAAGAUAUUUUAUCGUACUGGGGCUUUUCACAGGCCAGAUGAGUUCUCACAGCACACACUACCGCCACACAUCGACAUACACACGUGGCCGACGGCCACCCUCGCCGAGCUCUCGUAUCAUAUCGCCAACCACAGUCGCCAAAAACACAGCCUGCUCCCCGAACCGUCCGUCGGCACGCGCAUCGCGUUCCGGCUCGUUUAUCGCGAUCCAAACAGCCGGACACCACACCAGUUCGUCGUCAAGGACCUCGGCAGCCUGGUGCUCGGUGGCGAAGACGUGAGUGGUCUGAACGAUGCAGAUGACGAGAACAUCGACGACGAUCUACCAUUGCCAGAAUCACCCGACGCACACAAGACUCUGAGCGACGCCAAGUUCAUCGUCGGAGACUACCUCAGCUGUGCGAUACUAACGCCUCUGGAGGACGGGUCUGUCGCACCUGCGGACAGCGCCCGGUCGGGUCGGGGCAGCGGCAUCGGCGAGGCGAGGUGGGACGACGAUCCCGCCCCGCCAAGGGGUAGCAGAGGUUACGGUAUGCAGCACUCGCGCGGCAGUGGAGGUGGGGACAGGUACGGAGGUGUGGGAUGGUCAGGCAGAGGAGGGAGGUCGCGAGGAGGUCCUGGUAGUGGCGGGUUGAUUCCCAUGGGCGAGUGGCGGCGCGGUGAAAAGCUUCCAGAGGUGCCCGGUGCAGCGAGGAGUCGGGGUGGUUGGUCGAGGGAUCGCGGGAGAUACCCCUGA